CGCCCAGUUGGCGUCACCAGGACAACGGGCGUUGCCGGCGCCGUGUGACUCUGGGCUGUGGGCGCGCUUGUGGCUCUUCGGCCAUGGUUUUCUCAAAUAAUGAUGAAGGCCUUAUUAACAAAAAGUUACCCAAAGAACUUCUUUUGAGAAUGCUGUUCAGCUUGUUGUUAAAUUUUACUUGGUCUAAUCCAGAAUGUACUAAGUAUGUACGUAGCAUUGGUCUGGAUUCUUUUUGUAAUGUGGCUUGGAAUAUCUUAGCCCUGGAUGGAAGCAACUGGCAAAGAAUAGACCUUUUUAACUUUCAAACAGAUGUAGAGGGUCGAGUGGUGGAAAACAUCUCAAAGCGAUGCGGUGGAUUCCUGAGGAAGCUCAGCUUGCGAGGUUGCAUUGGCGUUGGAGAUUCCUCCUUGAAGACCUUUGCACAGAACUGCCGAAACAUUGAACAUUUAAACCUCAAUGGGUGCACAAAAAUCACUGACAGCACGUGUUACAGCCUUAGCAGAUUCUGUUCCAAGCUGAAACAUCUGGAUCUGACUUCCUGUGUGUCCAUUACAAACAGCUCCUUAAAGGGGAUCAGUGAGGGCUGUCGGCACCUGGAGUACCUGAACCUGUCGUGGUGUGAUCAGAUCACGAAGGAUGGCAUCGAGGCCCUGGUGCGGGGUUGUCGCGGCCUGAGAGCCCUGCUGCUGAGGGGCUGCACGCAGCUAGAAGAUGAAGCUCUGAAACACAUUCAGAAUUACUGCCAUGAGCUUGUGAGCCUCAACCUGCAGUCCUGCUCACGCAUUACGGAUGAAGGCGUGGUGCAGAUUUGCAGGGGCUGCCACCGGCUGCAGGCCCUCUGCCUGUCUGGUUGCGGCAACCUCACGGAUGCCUCCCUCACAGCCCUAGCCUUGAACUGCCCAAGACUUCAGCUCUUUGUUAGCACUUUCACAAGCAUUGUCUCACUUAGUCCUCACCGCAUUGCUAGGAGGAUCUUGGAGGCUGCCCGAUGUUCCCAUUUGACUGAUGCAGGCUUUACACUUUUAGCUCGGAAUUGUCAUGACCUGGAGAAGAUGGAUCUCGAAGAAUGCAUCUUGAUAACCGACAGCACACUCAUCCAGCUCUCCAUUCACUGUCCUAAACUGCAAGCCCUGAGCCUGUCCCACUGUGAGCUCAUCACGGAUGAUGGGAUCCUGCACCUGAGCAACAGCCCUUGCGGCCACGAGAGGCUGCGGGUGCUGGAACUGGACAACUGCCUCCUCAUCACUGACGUGGCCCUGGAGCACCUGGAGAACUGUCGUGGCCUGGAGCGCCUCGAGCUGUACGACUGCCAGCAGGUCACCCGCGCGGGCAUCAAGCGGAUGCGGGCCCAGCUCCCUCAUGUCAAAGUCCAUGCCUACUUUGCUCCUGUCACCCCGCCGACAGCAGUGGGAGGAAGUGGACAGCGGCUAUGCAGGUGCUGUGUCAUCCUCUGACAGCAGCUGCCCAGCCCAGGGCUUCAUGAGGUGUCCCUUCCUCCCGAGGACCCGAGUCUUUCUGACGUACUCCACCAUCAUCCAAAUCUGUUGAUUCUCCAUUGGGAAAGGCAUUUACAGGUAAAAGACUUCUGCAGGGACUGCAGUAACUCUCAUGAUAGUUUUUACCUUUAUUCUGCUGUGAUGCAAUCAAUUCGAAGCCUUGUGUCAAUUAACACAGGGCAAGAGUGGUCAUAGUGCAGCCAGGACCAUGCAGGAAACCUGGAUCUCUAGAGGUGGGUGCCUCCCUAGGUACAAAAUUCCUGCCCUUGGCUUUGUCAGCAUUCCUCAAACAGACCAUCAGCGUUAGCACAAAUUGAGCAGAAAAAUAAGCUGUUGAUUUUCUACCUGAUACUUCAGCCAGUGGCCUACUUUUAUUCACAACGAUUCCAUUUUGAUUAGCAGGACUUUUCCACUUUGAAGAUUAAAUAGCAACUUUAUCAAAGUGACUAUACUGCAAAUUCAUAAUGCCCGACAGUUUUCUAUGUAGCGACUUAGGUGGAAGGCAAGUUAAUAGGUUUCCAUGAGACACCAAAGAAUGAGGACUCUAAACAGGGUGGAGCAAGGUCUUCACCCUUCUGUUUCUGUCAACUUGUCAUAUAUCCUUUUGGGGACCAAGAACUAAACAGAAGCAACUCAGUUUGUGUUGCCUGAUUGGAGAUCAUAAGCUCUGGCGUAGGCUGUGGCACAUAAUGCGUUGUUGUUAUAGAAAAGCUAUAAUCAUGUCAUGUCUCACAAACUCUGGGGGACCUUAAAGAAACAGAAUUAAGGCUCAAGUUAUCUAUAAUAUAAUCAAUUAAAAAUAAUGGAUGCAUGUAGAAUGGGUGUGAUUUUUUUCCAAGUUUAUUUUAAAAUCUUAGAAAUCAAGUUACACCAGGACUAUUCAAAAAUUGUACACACUUAAAACUAAAAUCAGUGAAGUGUUGGCACCUUUGAGACUUAUAUAAAAAUGAAUAAACCAUUGCAAUGCUUAAGUCAGAGGGUUUUAUUGCUAUUAUCUCAUGGCAGACAAAUCUGAGCAAAACCGUCUUCCAGAUUCAGGCGUUCCUAAUGUUACCUGAAAUCUGAUAAGAUGAUCUGGUUUCUGCUCUGUGCUGUCCACAUUUGUGACCUUCAUUGCAUCUCUGUGUGAAUGGUAGCCAGCCCUUCUUAGUAACCACUCCCCAAACUGAAGAGCCCAGAGUUCAUGAGAAGCCGAGGGAAACAGCAAAA